GCUACUUGAGUGUUUUUUCGCUGCUCUAAGUGCCGUGGGCCUCUGGCUCCGCCACUUGAGUGUUUUCCCCUGCUGCAACCCUCAAUGCCACGGCCACAGACUUUGCCAAGCGAUGGGAGGAGCAGAGAAGGUUGCGAUUGAAGGUGGCCUCCAUGAUCUAUCCAACCGUGUUGCUGAGGCCGUUAAGGCAAUGGUGGAGUUUAUAAAGACGGAAGGGUGCAAAGGAUGGGAUGAUCCAUGGAGCUAGCUCUUUGCAUGACAUUAUAGCGUGUGUGGAAAUGGAGUGGAUGCAACUAGGGAGAGCGAGACAGACAGAGAUUGUGUGCAGAAAAGAAGUUGCUAUCGCUUUGCCUUGAUUUGCAAACAGCGGCUGGGAAGGGGGUGAUUGAGCUCGUCAGUUGGUAGUUUUUUAUUCAGCAAUAAUUGAGGAUAUGUGCAGAUGAGAAGGCAGGUAAUGUGAGUUUAAUAGUGAGUUCUCUGUGUGCCCAUCUCGAUAUGAAGUCAUUUUUCUGUGUAUGCGACACGCUCGCUGAUCAGCUCACCAUAACCAGAAAUUUUAUUUUGUUCUUUUGCUGUAUGCAAAAACACGAAUCACGGCAAGGUGCGCUCAGUAUGCGAUUAAACUCAUACGAGGACAUAGAGCAAUCCGCAUCAUAUGUCUUGGAACAACACGACGGCGACGACUGGCAUCCCGUGGAGUAUUUCAGCCACAAGGUGACUCCCAUCAACUCACUUGAUGAUGCAAGGAAGGAGCUGCUCGAGUUCGUGAUGGCUCUCAAGCGAUGGCGACACUUCCUCCUUGGGCGUCGUAGGUUCACAUGGGUCGCUGAUAACAACCCAUUGACCUACUACAAGACGCAGGAUAGCAGCACUAUCAGACGAUGGAUGUACUUCAUCGACCAAUUUGACUUCAGGCCGAAACAUCUCGCCGGCCUCUCCAAUCGCGCAGCUGAUGCACUCUCGCGAAGAUCGGAUCUUUGCGCUAUGACACAUCAUCCCUUCGCAUUCGACGAGGAACUCCAGCGACACUUCAUUCGGGGCUAUAAGUUUGAUCCGAAUUUCGCCACGUUAUAUGCACAACUAUCUUCGGAUCACCCGUCGACCAGCAAUUAUCGCAUCAUCGACGAGUGCUUGCUUCUCCACUCGCGAGGCAAGGACUCACUCUGUACUGCUCAGAUGAUGCUUCGUACGCUCAUCCGUCCGGAUCAGAAGGAUUGGGUUGACCGCCUCCCCGACAUCGAGUUCGCCUACAAAACUUCGUUGCACCCGGGCGAUCGGCGUGACUUCGUUGGUCUUCUCCUUCCACGAACUGCCGACAUAGAUGCCGCUUGCUCUCCCGCCUCCAUCCGGAACUACAGGGAAUUGUUGGCUCAAGUCCGCAUCCAGCAGCAAGCCAACAGGAGUCGCAUGCCAUGUCCCAUCCGCGCCGGUGAUCUGGUUUGGAUCUCCGCGGAAGAGUUUGCGCUCAAACAGGAUGUUUCGUGCAAAGUACUCCCCAAGUGGUUUGGACCAUGGACCGUCCUUUCAGCCACAGGCGAUGAGCCCGACGGCCCAUCCUUUGUGAUCGACAUCCCUCCGCAUCUGCCGAUCCAUCCCGUCUUUCACGCCUCGAAGCUGGUGACAUACACAUCAGCUAAGAGCGACGACUUCCCGGGCCGACGAUGGCAAGACCCUCCGUCUAUGGAUGGUCAUCAGGAAGACGACUGCGUCAUCACGGGUCGCAAGUACGAAAACAAGCCUCGACAAUACAAAGUUACCUUCAAAGCAUGCGACCCUGACAACACUCGAUGGAUUUCAGGAGCAGAUUUGCAAGCAUCCACACCGCUGAUCUACGCUCACUACAAAUGGCAAAGGUUAGCUCAGGAAGCUUAACGACCGGCCCCUCCCACCCAGACUUUGGUCCCUCCCUCCGAUAGGCAGCUUCGCCCUCGCAGGUAAGCUCGGUCUUUCAAGGAGGGGGGGGGGGUGGCAUACUGCGCAUCCACACAG